AUGUUCUCUUUCAAAUCUAUCGUGCUAAUUGCUGCGGUUUUCACCAUUGAAGCUGAAUGCAGCGGAGUAGCGGUUCCAGCAGUUGCAGCGGCACCUCUUGUAGCUCCAGCAGCUGUUGGAUAUGCUCAUGCUGUACCACAGAACAUCCCACCAUAUGCAUCGCAAGUUAGCGUGGUGAAUAGAGCUCUGAGCCCUCUAGUAGCUGCUCCGUACGCAGCAGCUCCGUAUGCUGCUGCUCCCUACCCAGUUGCUCAAUAUGCUGCUGCCCAAUAUGCUCCAUACUCCGCCGCCCCGUACUUCGCUGGCCCCGGUCAAGUAUUGCCUGCUCCAUUAGCUGCCCCAUACGCAGCUCCUUACGCUUAUGGUGCCGCCGCACCUCUUAUCCGAGCAGCCCCAUUUGGUUACCCAGCGUACGUUCGAUAG